AUGAAGAUCCAGCACGACGCCUCCCGGGUGCUCGAAAGAACAUCGCAUUUUCUUCGUAAGGGUGUCAUCACGGAGCGUCCCGCAUGGGUGUCUGCCGUGGGCCUGCAUCCCACCGGAUACGACUUGACGAAAAGACCCAAGCGUUUCGAUGCUGGAAGACAACCGUCAGAUCCCCAGAACGAUCUUUACAAGAAGCAGGGCCAGUUUUACAACACCAGAACGUCGCCCAGAGAGCGCAGAAACACACAUGCGUCUGUGAACGCCGUGCCCAAAAUCAAGCUUUUAGAGGACCAGUUGAGAGACGUUUUCUACCAUCAACACCCUUGGGAGUUGGCCAGACCUAAAAACACCGUCGAGAACGACGGCCAGGAUAUCGCCAAAUGUGAUUGGUCGCACAUGCUCCAGGUGCACAAGCCGUUGGACGGAGAGCUGGUGGUGCAAAGAACGUUGCAUUUGUUGAAACAGCAGCCCAAGACGAAAAACAGCCUUUUCGAGGCGUACGACCAGGCCCGUUUUGAGUUUUACCAGUUGCGUAUGGCCGACGAGAUGAGCCUGACCGUGCUGCGUGAGGAGCUGGCCAUGUUCGGUGCCGUUUAUCCUAUUUCCAACAUGGAAUGGGGUACCAAGAAGGAACAGGAGGCUGUGGACGUGUGGACCCAGCAGGCUGCUGAACAGACGCGUGCUAGGGAGGCUACGCGGGACGGCAGCAAGGCCGUGGCGGCCACGGAGGGCGACUCGCUGGGAUCGAUUUGGGAAUCGACCGUUGUGGAGGAAGUUGAAGAGUGA